AUGCACCGUGUUUCUACGGUUAUGUUUUUUAAUCUCAGAAAUGUUACGUCGAAGUAUAUCACUGAUGAAAAGAAAAAUCCGACAAAAUGUAGACAGCUAGUGGUUGGACGUCGGCCUCUGGUUGGCCCCAUACGCUGUGCGGUUCUGAGAGACUCGCUUUCCCAUAAUGCAAUUAAACUUCCUUCCUAGCUCGCGCUUUUCGUCCAGCUUUCCAUCUUGCCUCUGCUCUACAUCACGGCACAGCCAGCGCUCUGUACUGGUGGUGAUUGUUGUUGUAGAGAAUAAUGGCGGCAUCGGGAGGCGGAUUAUCAUCUCCCACUAAUGUCACAGUCCUAAACAACCAGGGCCAGGCACGGGCUCGCUUCCCUGGUCGGCCGUGGUCAACUCGAAAUCGGCUUCGGUUCGAGAAACGUCCCCAACGCGGAAGGUUGGGUUCUGACUGUGGAGAUGUGACCCUCGGAGGGCCGAGGCCCAUAAACAUCGGACUCACUUUGAGCGAGGAUCCUUCGCUACUGCGCCUACUCGGUGUAACUGAGAAGUAUGGGCGCCAGAAAGAUGCGGGAUUUGAGUCGAGCGGGAGUGAAGAGGAGGAAGAUUUCACUGGAUUUGGGACACAAACAGUUUGUUCCCAUCAGCUUCCGGGAAGCUCUCCUCUGUCAUCACCUACCCAGGCUAAGCCUCCUCCGGCCCCCGACCUGUCCCCACAAUCCAAGCCGCUGAUUGGAAAAAUUGUGCCGCGGAGCCCCAAACCCACUCUGAUUGGAAAAAUUGUACAGAGGCCUCGUAAAGAAGGCCGUGGUGAUACAGUCAGAGUACCCGGUUCUCGGAUAUCCAUUAAGCUGCCUGCCAAGCAGGUAACCCCAAGUCCGGGAACCGAAAGUACCGGAAGACAGUCCUCAGGCUCCACACAGACAAAAGUGGCCCCGGGGUUGCAGCGCAAAGCGGCCACAAAAGAGCACACUACUCAGGGUUCUACCUCAGCCGCUGGCACCAAACAGGAUAAGCUUGUGUGUACCCUGACAGUUGUCAAGGGCAAAGGGAGAGGCUCCAGGCUGAAAGGGGCCGGUAAGGGCUCAAAGCACGCCCAGGCAGACCAAAGCUCUGGGAAGGGGACCAAGGGGUCUCGGCACCAGCAAAAUGAGUCUGAAGGAGCGUCGCAAUCCCAAGCUCCUACCAAGAGACGGCAGAAGAAGAAGGUGGAGUUGGACAUCGGGGCUUCCCCUGAGGGUGAAGCCCUUAGUGGACAGGUGGCGCCAACGCUCUCCCAGGGGAUCGCCGAAGAUUCCCCCAAGAAAAAGCCAGUGUUCAGAAAAGUUAAAAAAUCGCUGUUCGGGCGACGACAACAGCAGCAUAGCAAACCCGCUCAGAAAUUGGGCGGCAUUAAAAUCCGACGCGUGUUUCACACCUACGUCCCUGAGCCUGUUCCAGCUGCUCUGAAACAGGAAGGGGAGGCCGAGCCGCCGCAGGGUCUGAGCUCCAGUAACUCCGCCGCACCUGUCGUCAGCGCUAGGUCUUCCAGGGUCAUUAAAGCCCCCAAAAGAUUCCUGGAUGAGGAGGACGCCGUCCCUAAGAGAUCCCUGCUCAAAUCGGGGUCCACGUUGGAAGCUGGCGGCUCUGCGCAGAGUCCAAACUCCAGCCACCUGGAGGUGUACAAGAACCUCAAGAAGCUGACGUCCAAACUGGCCGAGAAGAAGAAGGGCCCUUCAGGCGCCAAAGGGGAGGACCUGUGUGCAGGCUCCGGCUCGACCCCUCCGGUCCGGAAGAGACGCAGGUCCAAGAUAAAGAUGGAGGAGGUGGACACGCCAGGGGUUGUGAGGAAGCUCGCUGUGUUGCUGAACAUCAAAGCCAGCGCCGUGCACGCCCAGGUGCCCUUGAGCGAGCCAGUAGUGGAAGGAGCACUGGAUACAGAUGCUCAAAUGUUGGAAGGCUACCUCGAGGCUCAGGACAGUGGAGAUGUAGCAGAGGCCAGUGGCCAGAGCCAGCGGAUGAGCCUCACGGGAGCCAAUAGGAGGAUGCUUCACCUUUUGAAACGAGCCAAGGUCCAGCUCAUCAAGAUAGACCAGCAGAAGCAGCUGAAGAUGGCCCAGUUGGGGUCAAGAGAAUCAGGAAUGGUGGCAAGUGGUAGGCGGAGAAGGAGGAGAGCGCAGAAAUCCAACGAUGAAGGCAACAAUCAGGAGCAGCCACUCGGGGGCCCCAGGAUAAAGCACGUGUGCCGGGCAGCCGCGGUGGCCCUUGGCCAGCCCCGGGCCAUGGUGCCGGACGACAUUCCCCGACUCAGUGCCCUGCCGCUCCACGAGAGGGAGGGCAUCGCGCUGUUGCCCGUCGCAAAACUCGAGGAGGGCGGGGACGAGGACGGCUCCGGCCAGGAGUGCGCUCAGUGGGAGCCCCCGGCGAGCCGAGUCCAGAGGCGGUGGAAAAGGGGCCGCAUCCGCUCCCGCCGCUGCGGGGUGUGCAGGGGCUGCCGGGUGCAGAAGGACUGCGGCACCUGCACCAACUGCCUGGACAAGCCCAAGUUCGGGGGGCCCAACACCAAGAAGCAGUGUUGCACACACAAGAAGUGUGAACGGAUCGAGAAGGGGAAAGAAGGCCGUAUCAUGAGACCGUUUAAACUUCACAGGAGGCGGUCGUCGUCUGCCGCAUCGAGCGCCGAGAGGGCGGAGUCGGGGGACAGACUCCCUGCGGACGCCGUCCCCCUCGGCGACAGGAGACACUCGCGACGCAACAUCAAGCAUCGCUCCUACAGCAACCUGCUGAGGUCCGAGUCUGACGACGAGUCCGAGGCGGAGGAGCGGACGGUCAAGCCCGCGCACGCCAUCAAGCUCGCUCACGCCGCCAAGCUGGCGCGCGCCGCCAAGCUAGCUCACGCCGCCAAGCUAUCCCGAGGCGCCAAACCAGGCCGCGCCACCAAGCUAGCUCAAGCCACCAAGCUAGCUCACGCUGCCAAGCUAGCCCGAGGCAACAAGCUAGCUUCCGCUGUCCCUAGCAAACAGGGCUUCCCCUCCUCCAAGGACGGCAGAACGGCCCUCUGUGACCUCCCCAGCGAGGCAGGCAGGCACCGGCGGCCCGGCCCCAAGAGAUCUGCGGGCCGGUACCGAGCUCUGAAGAAUGCUGGAGAGUGUGCUCCGCCCAGCGCCCCGGGAGGGUUGCAUAACGGAUUCGCCCACAAGGGUCUGCUGCAGAGCACGCGCAGGAUCCGUGUGGACUUCAAGGAGGACUGCGCUCUGAAGAACGUGUGGCUGCUGGGCGGCCUCAGCGUGCUGACCUCCGUACCCACCACGCCACAGCCGGUCUGCCUGCUCUGUGCCAGCAAGGGCCACCACGAGCUGAUCUUCUGCCAGAUCUGCUGCGAGCCGUUCCACAGCUUCUGCCUCCUGCCCGAGGAGCGCCCCCAGGAGGAGAACAAGGAGAACUGGUGUUGCAGGCGCUGCAAGUUCUGUCACGUCUGCGGGCGCAAAAGCAAAAGCACCAAGCCUGUAUUGCAGUGCAGGAGAUGCCAGAACUCCUACCAUCCUUCAUGCUUGGGACCGACCUACCCCAAGCCUUUGAACUGUAGCACACCCUGGGUGUGCAUGGUGUGCAUCCGCUGUAAGAGCUGUGGGGUAACGCCUGGGAAGAACUGGGACAUGUCCUGGAACCACGAGCAGGACCUCUGCCCUGACUGCACACCCCUGUACAAGAAAGGGAACUUCUGCACAGUGUGCCACCAGUGCUACGAGACGGGGCCUGAGCAGCCCAUGCUGCAGUGCUCCGCCUGCAGCCGCCUCGUGCACUCCAAAUGUGAAGGUGUCUCCGAGGAGCUGUUUGGGCUGUUCUCGAGCCAAGUGGAGCGCGUUGCCUUCACAUGCACGGCCUGCAGCACGGCCUGCAGCACGGCCUGCAGCCCGGGCGGUGCUGCAGACAGCGGGUGGAGGGAGCAGCUCCAAGGCGCGCUCAGGGCCAGGAUGGAGCAGGUGCUGAAGGAGCUCCUGUCCUCCAGCACCACCCAGCACCUCAACCGCUGCCGAACGUGUGUGGCCAGGGGGGAUGUGGACUACGUGGUUGAAGAGCACAAACCAGUCUGUGACUUUUGCGCCAUGGGCAAGAAGUUGGAAAAGGGGUGCUACACCUCCAUAAAAGCAUUCCAUGCGGACGUUGCCUUGGUGAUGCGGAGGUGGCUGAAGCAGGAAGAGCCUUUUCCUGAGGCUCAAAGACCCACCACUCAGGCUAAGGAACACUACCUCAAUCUGAUGAAGCAGGUCUUCACUUGGUUCAAUGGAGACGAUCUGAAUAUUUGGGACCCACUGUCCAAAGAAUACCCAGGAGCGAUGCUCCCUUAUGCAGUGAUGCCUCCCUCCAGGGAGCACAGCUACGCCCAGUGGCUAGAGAGGACCUACCAAGCCUACGAGGACAGCCCAGCCCAAGCCCCCUCGCUCCCAGACACCAAGCCCCUCCCUGAGACCGAAGGACCUAAGUCCCACGGUUUGCCCAAGGAUGUGUCCUCGUCCAGAAGCAGGGAUGGGCGGCAGUGCGUACUUUGUCAACACUUUGGAGACGAGCUGCCAAGCGCCGAGGGCCGCCUCCUGUACUUGGGGCAGAACGAGUGGGCGCACGUCAACUGCUGCAUAUGGUCUGCGGAGGUGUACGAGGACAACAGCGCUCUCCUGCAGGUGCACAGUGCCGUCUCUAGGGGGCGCUACCUGCGUUGUGACCACUGCAGUCAGUCAGGAGCCACAGUGGGCUGCUGUCUGUCCAGCUGCCAGAGUAACUUCCACUUCAUGUGCGCCCGGGCUCGGAACUGUAUGUUUCAGUUGGACAGGAAGGUGUACUGCUACAAGCACAGGGACCUCGUCACGGAAAAGAUGGUUUCUGGGAUGGGCUUUGAAGUUCCGAGGCGUAUCUACGUGGACUUUGACGGCAUCGCGCUCAAGAGGAAGUUCCUCAUGGGCCUGGAGCCGGAGUCCAUCAGGAUGACCAUAGGUUCUCUGCAGAUCCAGAAACUGGGCGUAUUAUCCGAGCUUUCGUCCAAUGGGAAGAUGUUGUACCCCACCGGCUAUCAGUGUUCCCGGCUGUACUGGAGCACCGUGGACCCGCGCAGGCGCUGCAAGUACACGUGCAGGGUGACGGAGGUGAGCACCCCUCUCCCAGGGCAGGAGCACGACCCCAGGUGGGACAAGGAUGAGAACCAGACCAUCAUCCACAGCCCCAGUCACCAGCUCGAGAUAGAGUCACCCGAGCCGCUGAGCUCCUCACCCAAGGAGGCCAAGUCAAACACUUCGUCUCCAAACUCCAAGCCGCCGGGACCCAGGGUCCCCGGCUACGCCCAUGCACGGAAACCAGCCGGGGGCUCCUCGCGACCGCUUCCCUCCCCAGGGUCCGCUCCGCCCAAGGCCCACCCCAUCCUGACCCUGCGGGACCUGGACGACACCCGUCGCCCCCGCCGCCUCUCGUCGCGGAGCCGCUGCAGCUCCUCCCCCACCGAGAGCGAGCCCCCCCGCUCGGCCGGCCCCGGCGCCAGGACGCCGCUGUUCGGCUCCCCCCUCCGCUCCCACCACGACCCGCCGUCCACGCCGCCGUCUCCGUCGCGGCCGGGGCACAGCGCGGCGACCCCGCCCACCUCGCCCUCCGGCUUCUCCCCCCGGAGGAGCGGAGGCGCCACCACCAUCACCACCCCCCCCACCGCCACCAACACCACCAACACCACCGUCUCCCCAAAGGGCCGGCAGCUGUUCCGCAUCACCACGCCGGUGUCGGCCGAGGUGCCCCAGGACUUCAUGGCGCCCUCGGAGGCGGAGGCGGGGGCGGCCACCACCAACGGCGUCGCCCUGGCCGCAGACGUCCUGGAGGAGGAGGUGGCGCAGCUCAUGGCCCAGGAGCUGCCCUACACUGUGUUCGACGCCGACACGGAGGUCGCCGUGGCGUCCAUGCUCAACGCCAAGAUCGAGUUCGACGAGGCGCUGCUCACCGAGGACGUGGCGCUGCACCUCGGGCCGCACGGCGGCGCCGGCGGGGAGGCGGCGGGGGUCGAAGGUCAAGGCGAGGAGGCUCGGCGGGAGGAGCAGGGGGGCGGGGCGGACGACGACGACAACGUCGUCGACUGCAGCCCCUACUUGAAGUUUUCCCGCGUGGUGGUGGUCCGGGAGCCGAGCGAGGAGGGGGAGCGUCCGGGCGGCCCCCGGACCAUCCCCCAGCUGGACGGCGCCGACGGGGGCUCCGACAGCGACGAGAGCGAGGCGCCGGGCGGAGACGGAGGCGGCGACGGGCCCCCGGGGCCCGCCGACUCGCCCACAAAGAAGCUGACCGUCGCUCUGCAGAGGCUGGAGUCCGUCCCCAUCGCCCCGCAGAAAAGUACGGCAGACCCGGAGCAGUCCACGGCGAGCCCCUCGGCGGUGCCGCCGCUCGCCGCGGAGCCGGGCCCCCUCGACAGCCACCUGCUGGCCGAGGAGGUGGUCCUGGACUCUGAGUCGGCCGCGCGGGAGAAGGGCCAGCUGGACCCGGCCACCGGUCACUUUAUAUCCACGGACGACGGCACCAUCGUGCGGCUGGCCAACAAACCGGGCCUGGUGAUGGACAUCAGCACGUCCUCCACUGACUCCAUGGACGAGGCGCCGCCGCCGCCGCCCAACCUGCCCAAGCCCACCGCGGUCCCCAAAAGCCUGGCCCCGGUAAUGGUCAAGCGCAUCUUCCCCAAACCCUGCGCUCCCCAGCACGGCUCUGAGCUGAGGCUGCCCAUCGCCUCCCGCUUCCUGCACACCGCCGCCCCCGCCCCCGCCGUCAGCUCGGCGCCACGCAUGGUCACCUCCCCCAUCGUCAUCAACGGCCUGCCCAUGCAGACGGGCACGCCGCGGGGGCGCACCAUCGCCAUCCGCUUCGACUCCUCCAAGCCCGGGGCGCCGCAGCAGCAGCUGCUGAUCCCGGCGCAGGCCGGCGCGUCCCACUGGGUCACGUCGGUGCCCCCCGCUCCGCAGGUCCUCCUGGUCAACCGCCAGGGGCAGAUCCUGCUGAAGGACCCCCGCUCCAACACCUACCAGACGCUCAACCAGAACUCGCCGGCCUAUGGCCGGAUCAGCCAGGUGGCCAAGAUGCUGCACGGCGGGAACGCCCUGCAGCGCUCCGUCCCCCGCGUCAUCGUCAAGCCGCGCGCCGGCUCCGCCCACCUGGCCCCCCCGGCCCCCGGCGCCGGCCGGGUCAUCGUGAGGACCCUGCCCGUCAACCGCAUGAUGGCCGGCGCUUCGGCCUCGCCGCCGGCGUCCGGCAUCCAGGCGGGCACGGCGCAGGCCAUCAUCAGCCAGGCCAUCGCCAACCAGCGGCACCCCCAGCCCGCCGCGCUCACGGCCGGCCGGCGGCCCAUGCCCAGGAUCCUCACCCCAACGCAGUUCAGGGCCCUGCACGUCCCCGGAAAGGCGGGGUCACCGGAGGCUGCGCCGGCCGGCCAGCCCGACGCCGCCACCGCCGCCGCCGCCUCCGCCGGGGUCAAGGAGGCCACGCCGUGGCACCACUCGCCGGCGGGCAUCAAGAGGCUGGCCGCGCUGUCGGACCGGCCUGGGAGGAAGAGGUGCCGGACGGACUUCAUCAGGGACCUGGACGGUCCGCAGGAAAACAGAUCCAGUGGUGUGAGAAUGAAGUCCCCUACAUUGAAGGAUGUUCUCGAUCUGAACAAGGAGAUGGUGCCAGAAAAACCAAAGAACGCAGAUCCAGAAUCUGCAGUACACGCCAGGUCCCAGCAGGCGGACGGCGGGCCAGGCGGGGCCCAACACAGCAGGAGUAGUGGGGCUGGUGGAGGUGGGGACCUUCAGGGUAAGACCAGCAUCUGGGUCUGCUCUCACCACGGAGACCUCUCCGACUGGGGCCCUUAUUCAGGAUUCAGCUCCGAAGAGGAGGGCCCGCCUCCCAAACAGGACAACAGGAAGUACAUGAACCAGCCCCACCUGCGCUUCGAGAUCACCAGCGACGACGGCUUCAGCGUCAAGGCCGACAGCAUAGAGGUGGCGUGGCGCGCGGUGACGGACGGCGUGCUGGAGGCGCGGGCCGGCUUCCACCUGCGGCAGCUGCCGCUGGGCGUGGCGAGCGGCCAGCGCAUGCUGGGCGUGCUGCACGACGCCACCAUCUUCCUGCUGGAGCAGCUGGAGGGCGCGGGCAGCUGCCGGCGCCACCGCUUCCGCUUCCACCGCUGCGACGCCGCCGAGGUGGAGCUGCCGCUCAACCCCAGCGGCUGCGCCCGCGCCGAGGUGUACACACGGAAGUCGACCUUCGACAUGUUCAACUUCCUGGCGUCGCAGCACCGGCAGCCGCCCGACAUGGUGGCCCCCUGUGACGAAGAGGACGACGACUUCCCGCUCAAAUCGUCCAGACGCGCCACCAGCACAGAGCUUCCCAUGGCCAUGCGCUUCAGACACCUGGAGAGAACCUCCAAGGAGGCCGUAGGGGUUUACAGGUCUGAGAUCCACGGCCGCGGCCUGUUCUGCAAGAGGAACCUCGAGGCGGGGGAGAUGGUGAUCGAGUACGCCGGCAACGUCAUCCGAGCCGUGCUGACCGACAAGAGGGAGAAAUACUACGACAGCAAGGGCAUCGGCUGCUACAUGUUCCGCAUCGACGACUUCGACGUGGUGGACGCCACCAUGCACGGCAACGCGGCGCGCUUCAUCAACCACUCGUGCGAACCCAACUGCCACUCGCGCGUCAUCAACGUGGACGGCCACAAGCACAUCGUCAUCCUGGCGUUGAGGAAGAUCUACCGCGGAGAGGAGCUCACCUACGACUACAAGUUCCCCAUCGAGGACGAGAACAGCAAGCUGCACUGCAACUGCUCCACCCGCCGCUGCCGUCGCUUCCUCAACUAGGGGGUACCGGCGUCUGUCCUCUCUCUCUCACACACACACACACGCACAAACAAGUUGGCAAUCUUGCUGUUAGUACUUGAAUUUCAAAGGUAAGACCUCAGGGGGGCGCGUAGGCACACCGCUGUGGGGUCACCGACCCUCGCGUUAACAGAACAACGCGCUGGUGGACAGAACGGGCCUGUUCUGCCAAGGAGCUCGGUCUCAGACGUUUCUUUCGGGGAGGUUUUUCUAACCCUUCUGUACUCUCCGAGUUCUCGGCUGUGAGGAUGUGGCGG